AUGCAACUUCGCAAAUCCCCAAACCCAUCAGAAACUGUAGCCCGGCUCCCAAGAAGCAUCUCCGUUCUCAAAAAUGUUGAAAUGACUCAGCCCCCCAAGAAGAAAAUCUGCCUAAAGACGGAUGCCAGCACAAGCCAAAGCCACCAAUUGGUCCAACACCUUCCAGAUUUCAUCCAAGAAUAUGUUGCACGGGUCCAAGAUGUCAACUCUGAUGGUCACUGCGGGUUCUUCUAG